AUGACAAAAAGUUGGUCAACCUUUUCUCGUAAUUAUACAAAGUUACUUGAAGACGCUGACGGUCAUGACUUAGUUAUAAAUGUCGGUCAAGAACCUGUAAUAAAACCUUUUAAAGCUCAUUCUGUUAUAUUACGAGCACAUUCCCCUUAUUUUCGUCGAGCUUUGUCAAAGGAAUGGGCAAAAGAAGAAGACGGAAAAACCGUCUUUUACAAGCCUAAUGUAUCGCCUCCUAUUUUUGAAAUAAUUCUCAAAUAUAUGUAUUCUGGAAUUAUAAUUAUCGAAGAUCAAGAUGGUGAAUUUAUUUUGAACCUCUUAACUGCUGCUGAUGAAUUAAUUUUACCUGAAUUUAUUGACGAAGUACAAGAAUUUCUUGUUGCAAAACGUAUUUCUUGGAUGCAAGAAAAUUUUUAUCACCUUUUAGAUUUCUCUUUUAGUCAUGAUACUUAUAAAUUAUUACAAGAUUAUUGUCUAGAAACUAUAUCAGAAUGUAUACCUCUUAUUAGGUUCACUCUCAUGACUCAUGAACAAUUUCGUGAAAAAGUUUGGCCUUUUAAAGAUAUUCUCCCACGUAAAGUGUGUGAUGAUGUGUUAUGGCAUUUUUUAAUGCCUGAUAUACAUCCAAGUCAAUUCCUUCCAAGAUUAAAAACUAUUGACUCUAAACUCAUCACUUUGAAACAUGCCUCUUUGAUUGCAACUUGGAUUGACCGUAAAGAAGGCAAGCCUUACAAACAUACCGAUAUUCCUCAUGACUUUACUUUACUUAUGCGUGGUUCACGUGACGGAUAUUCUCAACAGACCCUUCAUCAACGAUGCGGCGGUCAGGCUAAAACAAUCAUGUUAAUGAAAAUAAAAUCCACAGAAGAAAUUUUUGGAAUGUAUAUCUCUAGUAUUUGGAGUAAUACUACUAGUUCAAGAUCUCAUGAUAGUUUUAUGUUUUCUUUUGGUGAAGGAAGAGAUACUAAAGAGCCGGUUCUUAGUCGUGUACGUGCCGCUGGUUACGAUCUUGCUUUAAGUAGAGGUCAAGAGAGAGGAAUGGACGAAUUAGAAAUGUUUAAAAUUUCUACUAAACCCGUUUUCAUGUUAUGA